AUGGCUUCUGCUGCCGCCCUCUUCUCGUCUGCCGAUGCCGACGACCCCCUCACGCGCGCACUCCAGCCCCCGCCAGACGAGUCCCCCGACGACCGCGACGCCCGUCUCCAGCAGCAGCGCGCCGCACAGGCCGUCUCCCACGAGAUCGACCAGACCCUUCAGGAGGACAAGAAAGCCUACGACCGCCGCAAAAAGGCCAUCAAGAUCCUCCUCCUCGGCCAGGCCGAGUCCGGAAAGAGCACCACGCUCAAGAACUUCCAGCUCGCCUUCUCGCCCUCGCACUUCCGCAGCGAACGCGCCGCCUGGAGGACCAUCAUCCAGCUCAACCUCAUCCGAUCCAUCAAGCGCCUCCUCGAGGUCCUCCAGGAAGAAUGGGACCAGUCUGUCGCACAGCCUGCAUCGCGGCCAGACAAGGGCAAGGGCGUUGCCGGCCGCGCGCCACCCGCCGUGCGCUUCUCCACCUCGCCCCUGACCGACGCGCACCGCAAGAUGCGCAUGCGGCUGUCGCCGCUCCUGCCCAUCGAGGAGCAGCUGUCCAAGCGGUUGUUCCCCGAGGCGCAUGAGCGGCUGCACGAC